CACUGUGUAAAGAACACGUCAUGCUCGUCCACGUUUUGAUAGCAUAGCACGGCACGGUAGCAUGAAAACAUCAUGCAGAGGCAGGGCAGUGUGUUGUGUGGCUUCUAGACAUCACGUGAUGGUGGAUGCCCGUGUAUUUGUAGCUGCAAUGCUAUAGUUUGAUGGAGUAAUAUGCGUUUCUACGCCCUGCUCAUUCUCGUAGCGCCUGUAAUAAGUAUUCAGGGAGAUAACGAUGUAUCUGCUAAGGAAUUGCCGGACUGCUCCAAGGUGUCAGCUGAGCCAAAAAGAUCGCCCAGGGAGCUGUUUAUUGUGAGUACGUUGGACGGAAAGAUAUCCGCUUUGGACCCACUGGAGAAUGGAAACUUGGUCUGGUCCCACGAAACGGGACCUGGUGGAUUGAUGUCCUCUAGUCUGAGCAAGCUCGAAAUGCGCAGCCGUGGUCAGUGGAUGCGGCUCGUCCCGUCACUCGAUGGCUCGCUGUACAAGUUCACCGGGGACACUGUGGAGCCAGUCCAGAUGACGGCCGAUUUUUUGCUCAAGAGCUCCUUCAAACUGGGCGACGAUCUCGUCAUCACGGGUGGCAAGGAGUCGCAUACCUACGGGAUCGACCUCCACACGGGACAAAUUCACUACGUAUGUACCAUGAGCGGCUGUAACCAGACGGAGGGUGACGACCCUGACGCAAUGGACAUCCUCGUAGUGAAACGCAACACGCAGACGGUGCGAGCCAUCGAACCUCGAACUGGACGUGAAAAGUGGAACUUCAGUGUGGGAGAGCUGGAGCCAUCGGUACUCCGAAGCAAGCUGGGGGGCUGUCAGUCUGAAACCUCUCUUCAGGAUACUCCCGUCGGCAGCGCCGAAGGAAAGUGCCUGGGUACGGAUGGAAGCUGUUCCAGGCCGGAGGGCUACAUCCAGGUCGUGGUGCCCGAGGGUCUCAUUGCGGCUCGAAACAAGGCUCAAGGUGUGCUCGACUGGUCUGUCAAGUUCCCUAGCCCUGUGGUAGGAGCCUGGUACCUACGGGAUGGAGAACUGGAACCGGUGAACCUAUUUGAGCAGGGCCGUAUCAUUGGCCUUGAAGGGGGCGAGGAUGGCACGUCGGUGGACCCCGUCCUAUACAUUGGUGUACACGAAAAACAACUGUAUGUGCAACACAACAUAAAACGAGAGCUGAAGGCCGUCGGCUCGCAGUCGUCCAGCGACCAAGCCUUGUCACGUGUCCAGUGGAAGCCGUACUUAGCAUCAGCACCUAGCCGAACGCCAAUCAUCAACACUGGGCGCUCGGCACCACCGCUACUGGGGGACUCUGGGAUUGUGGACGUAGGGAAGUCUCUCAUACUGAGGGACGACAUCGUCGACUAUCCCUUUGAUACUGGAUACUAUCUAUACGAAAGCCCUGAGCUGGACAACAUAUCUGCUGAACAUGUCCUGUGUGACGAAGAAAAGGAACAAGAGUCCUUGGAUCACUAUAUCAUUGUGUCAAUUUGGUACUGGUGGAAAGAAGUCCUAGCAAUCAGUAUUGUGAUGUCUCUGCUAGUGAACCUUCUCAUCACACGUCACGUGUUGCGCCGCUGGCAGCAGAACUUCUUGCGGGAGUCGUCCUCUUCUAAGGACAAAACUGCAGCCUUGUCACCUGUUGUGGAAUCCCCUCCCCUGGUACCAGAUGGCAAAGAUGUCUCCACGGCUGAGAAGGCGUUUGCUGCAAAUGAACUGCCAAAGUUUGAAUCGAGGUAUCUGUCUGACUUUGAGCCAGUCCGCUGUUUGGGCAAAGGUGGAUUUGGCUUGGUGUUGGAGUCUAGGAACAAAAUUGACGACUGCACAUACGCAGUGAAACGGAUUUGCCUUCCUAACAGCCCAGAGGCUCGGGACAAGGUGAUGAGGGAAGCAAAGGCAUUGGCCAAGCUGGACCACAUGGGAAUAGUGCGAUAUUACAACGCCUGGUUGGAGAGCCCUCCGCCAGGCUGGCAAGAGCGCCAAGACGAUGUGUGGCAAAGCAGUUUUGACCAGUGGUCAAGCAGUGUCUACACAGACCCGGACAAGGCCUCAGCGACCGCUCCAUCUGCCUCGCCCAACAGGACCCGGUCAUUCAAUCCCCUGCAGCCGUUUGACCCGGGAUUUGAGACAUCAUCGAGUGGCGUCACUGUAGACCCCUCACUGACUUCGACGCAGGAGCUACCAUUCCAGUCAUACGUCGUUUAUAAUCCAGACGACUCGGAUUCCGUUGUCCAGUUUGAGCGCUCCGAAGGGAAGACUGGAGAUGCAGACGACAGCUCGUCAGGCGGUUGUCAUGCACACCGCAAAAGGCCCAGCAGCCUGUCGUUUCAGAGCAUUGGACCUCACAAGGUCUACCUCUACAUUCAAAUGCAGCUAUGUAAAAAAGAAAGUCUAAAGGAGUGGCUCCAUGCACAUUCCUCUUCACGCGAAUACGAGGCAGUCCUGGACAUCUUCUAUCAGAUUGUGAAUGCGGUUGAAUAUGUUCACGAACACGGCCUCAUCCACCGGGAUCUAAAACCGUCAAACAUCUUCUUCGCCAUGGACGACGCCAUCAAGGUUGGUGACUUUGGUCUCGUCACCGCAUUAGCGGGUGGUGGGGGAUCAGUACCGGCAACACCGUCUGACGGUGCAAUUAGCCCAACCUGCGAUUCGGGACGCUUGACGGACCAAGUCGGUACACAGCUCUACAUGAGUCCCGAACAGAUUGACGGAUUAAAAUAUAAUCAGGCCGUUGACAUAUUUUCAUUGGGUCUCAUCUUCUUUGAACUGCUAUGGCCCUUUUCUACCCAGAUGGAAAGGAUACAUGUGCUUUCAAGCGCUAAGAAGCUACAAUUUCCGUGUAACUUCAGACGCGAUUACCCGUCAGAGAUACUGCGAACUGAACUGGAAUACAAGACGAGCCCGUUUACAACGAUACCGACGUGUGAACUGAUAGAGCAGUUACUCUCACGAGACAGCGAGAGCCGUCCGACAGCCAAGGACAUAAAGCAACACAGGCUGUUCCAAGCAUUUCAUCCGUGUGAGGAAGCUGUCACGCUCGCGCAGCGUCGGCGACGGAACAAGUCCUUCAACAGCUCUUCUUUCUCCGAGUAACGCAAAAGCGGCCGCGCAACAAUUCCGCACAAUAGUCGUAGCCACGGUUAUGCCAACCACAACUCAUUUCAUUUCCUGUCGAUAAAACUGCCCUUUCUUUUACAUCCCUCACCCAAGUGGGGUACUCAUCGCCUGAGGCACAAGAAGCUCCUUUCCAUUGUUUGGAGUGUGCAUUAAGCAUCAUUAUUGUUAGUAUUUAUAAGUUAUAUAGGUUCUGUAAAUAUGUACAUACAUAAAUAAAUUUUACCUUGAGAA